GGUUAGCAGCCCGGGAAGGGUUCACCGAAAGUUCACUCGCAUAUAUUAGGCAAUUCAAUCUUUCAUUCUGUGUGACAGAAGUAGUAGGAAGUGAGCUGUUCAGAGGCAGGAGGGUCUAUUCUUUGCCAAAGGGGGGACCAGAAUUCCCCCUCGCGAGCUGUUUGAGGACUGGGAUGCCGAGGACGCGAGCGAGCCGGGCAGGGCUUGCCUGGGCACCGUCGGGGUAGGAUCCGGAGCGCGUUCGGAAGGCUUUUUGCAAGCAUUUGCUUGGAAGGAGAACUUGGGAUCUUUCUGGGAACCCCCCGCCCUGGCUGGAUUGGCCGAGCAAGCCUGGAAAAUGGUAAAUGAUCAUUUGGAUCAAUUACAGGCUUUUAGCUGGCUUGUCUGUCAUAAUUCAUGAUUCGAGGCUGGGAAAAAGACCAACAGCCUACGUGCCAAAAAGGGGGCAGAGUUUGAUGGAGUUGGGUGGACUUUUCUAUGCCAUUUGCCUCCACACCUAGAGGAUAAGCACUUUUGCAGACAUUCGGUGCAGGGGAGAUCAUGUUUGACUGUAUGGAUGUUCUGUCAGUGAGUCCUGGGCAAAUCCUGGAUUUCUACACUGCGAGCCCGUCUUCCUGCAUGCUCCAGGAGAAAGCUCUCAAAGCAUGCUUCAGUGGAUUGACCCAAACCGAAUGGCAGCAUCGGCACACUGCUCAAUCAAUUGAAACACAGAGCACCAGCUCUGAGGAACUCGUCCCAAGCCCUCCAUCUCCACUUCCUCCCCCUCGAGUGUACAAACCCUGCUUCGUCUGCCAGGACAAAUCAUCAGGGUACCACUAUGGGGUCAGCGCCUGUGAAGGAUGUAAGGGUUUUUUCCGCAGAAGUAUUCAGAAGAACAUGAUUUACACUUGUCACCGAGAUAAGAACUGUGUUAUUAAUAAAGUCACCAGGAAUCGAUGCCAGUACUGUCGACUCCAGAAGUGCUUUGAAGUGGGAAUGUCCAAAGAAUCUGUCAGGAAUGACAGGAACAAGAAAAAGAAGGAGCCUUCAAAGCAAGAAUGCACAGAAAGCUAUGAAAUGACAGCUGAGCUGGACGAUCUCACGGAGAAGAUCCGAAAAGCUCACCAGGAAACUUUCCCCUCUCUCUGCCAGCUGGGCAAAUACACCACGAAUUCUAGUGCUGACCAUCGAGUCCGACUGGACCUGGGCCUUUGGGACAAAUUCAGUGAACUGGCCACCAAGUGCAUUAUUAAAAUCGUGGAGUUUGCUAAACGUCUGCCAGGCUUCACCGGCUUGACCAUUGCAGACCAAAUCACCCUGCUGAAGGCCGCCUGCCUGGACAUCCUGAUUCUUAGAAUUUGCACCAGAUAUACCCCAGAACAAGACACCAUGACUUUUUCAGAUGGCCUUACCCUAAAUCGAACUCAGAUGCACAAUGCUGGUUUUGGUCCUCUGACUGACCUUGUAUUCACCUUUGCCAACCAGCUCCUGCCUUUGGAAAUGGAUGAUACAGAAACAGGCCUUCUCAGUGCCAUCUGCUUAAUUUGUGGAGACCGCCAGGAUCUUGAGGAACCAACGAAAGUAGAUAAGCUACAAGAACCAUUGCUGGAAGCACUAAAAAUUUAUAUCAGAAAAAGACGACCCAGCAAGCCUCAUAUGUUUCCAAAGAUCUUAAUGAAAAUCACAGAUCUCCGCAGCAUCAGUGCUAAAGGUGCAGAACGUGUAAUUACCUUGAAAAUGGAAAUUCCUGGAUCAAUGCCACCUCUCAUCCAGGAAAUGCUGGAGAAUUCUGAAGGACAUGAACCCUUGACCCCAAGUUCAAGUGGGAACACAGCAGAGCACAGUCCCAGCAUCUCACCCAGCUCAGUGGAAAACAGUGGAGUCAGUCAGUCACCACUGGUGCAAUAAGACAUUUUCUAGCUACUUCAAACAUUCCCCAGUUCCUUCAGUUCCAGGAUUUAAAAUGCAAGAAAAAACAUUUUUACUGCUGCUUAGUUUUUGGACUGAAAAUAUAUUAAAACUCAAGAAGGACCAAGAAGUUUUCAUAUGUAUCAAUAUAUAUACUCCUCACUGUGUAACUUACUUAGAAAUACCAACUUUUCAAAUUCUAAAAAUCAGCCAUUUCAUGCAACCAGAAACUAGUUAAAAGCUUCUAUAUUUUCCUCUUUGAACACUCAAGAUUGCAUGGCAGAGACCCAGUCAAAAUGAUUUAUGCCUGGUUAAGUUUCUGAAGACUUUGUACAUACAGAAGUAUGGCUCUGUUCUUUCUAUACUGUAUGUUUGGUGCUUUCCUUUUGUCUUGCAUACUCAAAAUAACCAAGACACCAAGGUUAUGAAACAGACUGUACCUGUCUACCUAAGAAAGGUUCAAAAAGGUAAACCGACUUGCCUUCAUGGAAUAAUCAAGACAUCAAGGUAAGGAAUCAGGACUGUUGUACAGUAUGACAAGAUAAGACUAAAGAUAUUCUGAUUUAGUUAGUAUGGAAUCUUGUCCUUGCUCUUUUUGAUGCUCUCAAAUUGCAUCUUUUAUUUCAUGUUGCCCAGUAAAGUAUACAAAUUCACUGCACUAGCAGAAGAGAAUUCUGUAUAAGUGUAACUGCCAGUUCAGUUAAUCAAAUGUCAUUUGUUCAAUUGUUAAUGUCACUUUAAAUUAAGUGGUUUAUUACUUGUUUAAUGACAUAACUAUAUACAGUAAGAAAAAAAUACAUUUUUACAGUAAUGAUAGCCUCCAAGGCAGAAACACUUUUCAGUGUUAAUAAGUUUUUGUUUACCUAGUCACAAGGCAUUAGGGAAAUUUCAUGGGAUAAUUAGCCGGUUUGGUCUACCACUUAGACCAUGUAACUCCAGUGUCCUUCCUGAUUCAUGCCUGAUAUUGGGAUUUUUUUUUUUCCAGCUGCCUUGAUGCCAAGGGGCUAACAUUAAUUCCCAAAGACAUGGGCAUAGAAUCUGCCUCCUUUGACCUUGUUCAAUCACUAUGAAGCAGAGUGAAAGCUGUGGUAGAGUGGUUAACAGACACAAGUGUCAGUUUUCUUAGUUCUCAUUUAAGCACUAGUGGAAUUUUUUUUUUUUUUUUUGAUAUAUUAGCAAGUCUGUGAUGUACUUUCACUGGCUCUGUUUGUACAUUGAGAUUGUUUAACAAUGCUUUCUAUGUUCAUAUACUGUUUACCUUUUUCCAUGGAGUCUCCUGGCAAAGAAUAAAAUAUAUUUAUUUUAAA